AUGGAUAGUAUUAAAGUACCACCACAAAAGAUAGAGUCAGUUGAAAAAGUACUUGAGAAAUAUAUCCCAGAGGAUGAAUUGAAAGAGGUUAAACGUAUCUUGUAUGGUUUGAAUCGUGGUCAAAUCGUAGAAUCAUUACCAAUUCCAGAGAAUGUUUCAAAGUUGGCACAAGCUUCUAAUUUCGAAGUUGUAAGUUCAAAGAUCACUGCUGAACCAGAGCAAUUGAGAAAACCAAGAAUCGUAAAGAUUGGUAUCAUUCAAAAUGCAAUCGGUGCACCAACUACAGACCCAGUACACGACCAAUACAUGGCCAUCCAAAACAAGAUUGAAAAGAUGAUUGAUGCUGCCGGUGCUCUGGGUGUCAAUGUUUUGUGUCUUCAAGAGACCUGGCACAUGCCAUUCGCCUUUUGCACUCGUGAGCGUUAUCCAUGGGUAGAGUUUGCUCAACCGGUCGAUGGUGAAGCCACUCAAUUCAUUCAAAGAAUGGCACGCAAAUACAAUAUGGUCAUUGUAUCACCAAUGUUGGAGCGUGAUCUUGUACACGGAUCCACUAUCCACAAUACCGCUGUUGUAGUCGGUAACAACGGUAACAUCAUUGGAAAGUCGCGUAAGAACCAUAUCCCACGUACCGGUGACUUUAACGAGUCUACCUACUACAUGGAGUCAACUCUUGGACAUCCAGUAUUCGAAACGGUCUAUGGAAAGAUCGGUAUCAACAUCUGCUAUGGACGUCACCACAAUCUCAAUUGGUUGGCCUACGGUCUCAAUGGUUCGGAAAUUGUUUUCAAUCCAUCGGCAACCGUUGGUGAGCUCUCAGAACCAAUGUGGGGUGUCGAAGCCAGAAACGCUGCAAUGACCAACAACUACUUUGUUGGAUCGAUCAAUCGUGUUGGAACUGAACACUUCCCUAAUGAAUUCACCAGUGGCAACGGUAAGCCAGCACACAAGGACUUUGGACAUUUCUACGGUAGCUCCUACUUUAGCUCGCCAGACAACUGUCGUUCGCCAGGUCUCAGCCGUGUCAGCGACGGUCUCAACGUAUGUGAAGUAGAUCUCAAUCUUUGCCAACAAGUCAAGGACAAAUGGAACUUCCAAAUGACUGGAAGAUACGAACUCUACGCCCAAUUCCUCACCAAAUAUGUUGAUCCAAACUACCAACCACAAAUCAUCAAGGAUCCUUCAAUCAACCAACAUUCAAAUCAAAAAUAA